AUGCCGAACUCAUCCAUCAUCAACACCCCAUUAAGCUCUCAGUUGACCUACCCAGGUGACUUCGAGGCAUCUCCGCCGUAUGCGCCCAAUAUGCCUCGAUUCAUAAAUCGUGACGAGCGACUCAGGUUCGAGCAGAGGCAAAUGGCCGAGCGAGUCUUCGGCGGUCCGCUCGCCAACCCCAUGGGUCAAGAUCAAGACCUCAUUCACUGGUCCUGCUGGGUCUGGGGUAUGGCCGGCUCUGCCUUCGAUGGCAUGACGAUCAGCAUGCAGCUGUCUUUCCCCAGCAACUAUCCCUACGUACCUCCCAUCUGCAUCAUCCAUGCUCUCCUACCCCACCCUCAUAUUGAUGAUAUGAACAGACUGUGGUCUCGGGUCCUUAGUGGUCCUUACUGGGACCCAGAGAUGACAGUUGAUAUGGUGCUUCAGCACGUGAGACUCGUUCUUCGGCACACAUGUCCCCACAACUCGCCGUGUAUUCUGUGA